GUGCAGCACCGUAUCAGUGGCCAGGUGAUGGCUCUGAAGAUGAACACCAUGGCCAGUAACAGGGCUAACAUGCUGAGGGAGGUCCAACUGAUGAACCGCCUGUCUCACCCCAACAUACUCAGGUCUGUCUGUCUUUGGACUUUUAUUAAAACACACUUGCUGUCCAUAUCCAUUUAAAAGCUUUGGUCAACAGGGCAACUCCUCACACAAAUUUGAACCAUGCAGUUAUAACGCAUUAUAAGUCUUGUCAUGCGCAUGUAUGAUGUCUACCAAUACAACACCAGAGCCAGAGACUUUGAUAUUGCCUGUUUAAAAUUGAAGUUUAUCUGGUAAGAACACCUUUUUAUAUACCUGGGCUGUUGAGUGGAACAAACUACCACAGCAACUCAAAGCCAUGCCCGACCACAACUUCAUUUGAAAAUAAUGAUCGCAAUAGUAAUGUUUUUUUCAUGUCUGCAUGUAAUGCUCUAGACUAUGACAGUGUGGUCCUUUGUUUCGUUAUAUGUGUAACCAAAGUAUGCCUAGUAGGCUAGGUCUACUGUGUAGUAAAGGUAUAGUAUGUUUUUUAAAAUCCAUUUAUUUAAGAGGACCACAACUUUUUUUGUGUCAUCCUCUGAAUGUAAAUGCAUUAUCCACAUUUGGUUGUAUUGUGUUUUAAAUGAUAAAAUAAAUCUAGCCUAGCUAUCGAUGAUGACCCCGUUUUUAUAAUGUUUUAUAAACCUCUUCCUCUCUCCUGUCUCAGGUUUGUAGGGGUGUGUGUUAAUGAGGGACAACUCCAUGCAUUGACAGAGGUAAGAUGUAUCUUUAAACUCAGGUAGACUGACUGACUAGGAUCUAGAGAAUACUGGACAAAAAUACAAACAUGCAACAAUUUCAACUAUUUUAUUGUGUUACAGUUCAUAUAAGGAAAUCAGUCAAUUGAAAUGAAUUAAUUAGGCCCUAAUCUAUGGAUUUCACAUGACUGGGCAGGGGCACAGCCAUGGGUGGGCCUGGGAGGGCAUAGGCCCACCGACUUGGGAGCCAGGCCCACCCACUGGGGAGCCAGGCCCAGCCAAUGAGAAUUAUUUUUUUUCCCCACAAAAGGGCUUUAUUACAGACAGAAAUACUCCUCAGUGUCGGUGGCUGGUCUGAGACGAUCCCGCAGGUGAAGAAGCCGGAUGUGGAGGUCCUGGGCUGGCGUGGUUACGCGUGGUCUGCGGUUGUGAGACCGGUUGGACGUACUGCCAAAUUCUCUAAAAUGACAUUGGAGGCGGCUUAUGGUAGAGAAAAUAACAUGACAUUCUCUGCCAACAGCUCUGGUGGACAGUCCUGCAUUCAGUAUGCCAAUUGCACGCUCCCUCAACUUGAGACAUCUGUGGCUUUGUGUUGUGACAAAACUGCACAUUUUAGAGACUCCUUUUAUUGUCCCCAGCACAAGGUGCACCUGUGUAAUGAUCAUGCUGUUUAAUCAGCUACUUCAUAUGCCACACCUGUCAUGUGGAUGGAUUAUCUUGGCAAAGGAGAAAUGCUCACUAACAUGGAUGUAAACAAAUUUGUACACAACAUUUGAGAGAAAUAAGCUUAAUGUGCGUAUGGAACAUUUCUGUGAUCUUUUAUUUCAGAAAAGUUUUUGGUCAUAUGCACAUCCAUGAAAACUUAGGUGCCGGGCUAACAAAGAAAGAACAAGUCAGUCGCAUAUGCAGGAUAUGUAGUACACAGAGUGACUAUGACAAACAAGCCGACUGUCUGGAUGAGCGUUUCAGACACCGGGGUUACCCAGAGGCAAGGGAUCGUUAUAAAAAUAUGACCCAGUACGACAGCCUGAAGCCCAAACCACCCCGCCCUCCUGACCAAAGCGUUCAGUGCUUCCUUCAGUACUCCCCACUUGGUAAACCGUUUGUCCAUAUCAUUAAAAAACACUGGCACAUCUUAAAGCACUGAUCCACAACUGGAAAAUACAUUUAAAGAACCUCCAUGGGUAGUCUUCAGAUGCGCCCCUAACAUCAAUCAAAUGGUGGUGAGGUCUGAUCUUCCACCGGUGCCAUGUAGCACCUUCCUAGACAAUGUACCGGACGGUAAUUACAGAUGUGGUCGAUGUACCAAGUGUAACUUUACAAACAAAUGCACUAUGUUCAAUCACCCUAUCAAGGGCAAGGCCAUCAAGAUUAAGGGCAUCAUUACGUGA